AUGCGAGAAGAUUUAGAUCAAACCUUAAGUGAAGAAAUUCUGAAAGAAAUGGCAGAAUUAAGAAAAAUGAUGACUACGCGAAGAAAUGGUAGAAGAAGACAAUUAGAAGAAGCAGUAGAGCAAGCUGGGAAAACACCUUGUACAAGGAAAAUUGAAAUGGAAAUGAUACCACAUAAAUACAAUUUACCAGUGUUCACUAGUAUAUUUGACGGAAGUGCAUGUGUAAUACAGCAUGUCAAAGCUUAUACCCGAUCUCUACUACAGUGGGAAAAGAAUGAUGUAGUAAUGUGCAAAUAUUUUGAUACGAGCUUAGCAGGGGAAGCUAUGAAAUGGUUUGAAGGGUUACCUGUAGAAACCAUUGGAUCAUUUCACCACUUACAUAACGUCUUGUUAGGAAAAUAUAUCAGCAAUAAUAUGUCAAGACCAGGAAUUGAGACGACAUUUGGACUUCGCAGAAGAAUAAAUGAGAGUUUGAGUCAUUUGACUACACGUUGGAGGACCAUGUGUAGUAAGAUGGCAAGACGAGUGGAUGAGCGAUACCUUAUUCUAGCCUUUAUCAAUGCUAUCUUCCCUACAGAUUUAUUAUAUACACAAAUCUUCAGGAUAAAAGACACAAUAACAAUGUCAGAAUUGCGCGAAUUUCAAGAAGAGUAUAUAGCACUCGAAGAGAAGCAAAGAGAUAUGGAGUCCUACCCAAUUGCAGUACCUGAUGCGAAGAGUGAGAAUGCAAGUUUACUUCCAAGAAUGACUAAUGCUGUUGCCAGUACUUCGCAGGGAAAUCAAAGAAAUAACAUUGCAGAGAUGGAACAAAAGCUGAUAGCCAUGGUUAGUGCAGAUCAAGAGGAAUUCGACAGAGAAUAUAAAGAAAAACAACUUCAAAAUCGCGGAGGUAAUAAUAAAAUUCAAAGAAUGGACAAUACACCAGAAGGUUAUGGAGGUCAACAACCAUAUUAUAAUAAGAGACAAGGAACCGGAAGGAUAGUAUGGGAACAGAUAAACUUGCCAAAGUUGAACACUACUGUAGAUAAAGUAUGGGAAGCUGUAAUCCUAAUGGAAGAAAUCCCUGAGCCACAUAAUGUAGGAGAUGAACCACCUCCAGGAAGGAGGAUUAAAGAAUUUUGUAUUUUCUCAUUUAGUGCAGAAGAAACAGCAGGAGAAGGAGAAUCGCAUGAAUGUCCAUUGGUAGUGAAGUUAGGAAUUAAUCCGAAAGCGAAAGUAGAAGAUGAUGAAGAGUAUGAAGCAAAUACUUGGGCGAUAAAUAGAAUACUCAUAGACACUGGAAGCUCUAUUGAUAUUCUUUUUUAUCAUACAUACAAGACCAUGGGUGGAAGAGAUGACGAAUUAAUUCCUUCAACAUAUAAAAUCUAUGGCUUCAAUGGAACAUCGAACAAACCGAAAGGAGAAGUGACAAUGCGAAUUCUUCUUCAGAAUUUACCAACAAAAACUGUAUUCUGUGUUGUAGAUGUCGAAUCACCUUAUAAUGCUAUGAUUGGAAGGCGAUGGUGUUGGCAUAUAAGAGGAGAUACGGUUGAAAGUAGAAGUUGUCAAGAAAUUGAUUUUGAUAAGUGCGAAGAAAGAGAAGGUAAGCAAAGAAAUUGGAAAAAGCAUGCUGCAGAUAGUCAAAGAGCUAAAAGAUUAAUGGUGGAUUUAGUGUCUAAAGUUGGAAAAACAAAUAAACAGGAUAUUAAGGCAGAAUCUUCUGCGUAUAGUGGUGCGAAGCGAGCCAGAAAAAUCACUUCUACAGAAGGCGGAAGAAUUCAGAGGCAGAAGUUGUGUUCUCAAGAGAAAACUGAAAUGUGCAAUGAUUCUCGCGCAGAAGAAGUUGCAGAAAUUAUGAGAAAUAAUACUCUGAAAAGCAUCUGCGAGCUUAAGGAGAUACAAAAAUGCAAGGGACAAAUACGUAGUAUGAAGAAUGCACAUGUUUUUCUUUAUGAGAAAUAA